CAAGACGAAUGGACGAAGCCUUGUUUACCAACGAACGUAAUGGAUAUUUAGGGAAUAAACGACAAAUAUUUUGAAUUGAACGCGUCAUGUCAUUGUUUAAAGGAAGAGAAUGGUGGUCCACUUCGGCUGGUUGUGGAGAAGAGUUCGAUCUUGGUUGCUUGUGCGUUGCUAAUAUAAACAAUGAUGUGUCAUCAUCAGAUAAAAUCAUUGUUGGAAGUUAUCAUGGUAUGUUAAGAAUAUUCAUGCCUCGCUCAGCAGAAUUUAAGCCUGAAGAUCUCAUGCUUGAGAUACAGAUGAGCCAACCUAUAUUGCAAGUGGAAGCUGGUCGUUAUGUCUCGGGAAGUGAUAAAUUGCAUCUUGGAAUUCUUCAUCCGAGAAAAUUUUCAGUCUACAGUGUAUCAGUCAUUUCUGGGGCCGUUGAACAUGGCAAUCACUUCACUUUACAACUUGUUUAUGAGCAUAUUUUGGAUCGAACAGCGUAUUCAUUUACAUUUGGUCCAUUUGGAAGUAUUCAAGGAAAAGAUUUUAUCUGCGUUGCGUCUAUGGAUGGAAUGUUGUCGUUUUUUGAGCAAGAAAUGUUUGCAUUUGGUAGAUUUUUGCCUGGUUUUCUACUACCCGCUCCGGUGCGCUAUGUAGUCAAAACUGAUUCCUUCGUUACGUGUAGCUCCUCGAAGUUAGUUGAGUGUUUCAAAUACCAAACGCUGGCGGCUGCUACGGACGCAGAAACGAAAGAGAGUAAGGAUCUUAAAAAAAUCUCUGGCAAACGUUUAAUGCCCGACUGGACAUGUAAUAUAGGCGAUAAUGCUGUCAAUGUCGUCGUCGCCGAGUAUAACAAUCUUUCUGCAAUAUUUGUCCUUGGUGAACGAGGAUUUUAUGGCCUUCAGUGUAACGGGGCGUUGUUGUUUAUGAAAAAAUUUGAGUAUAACUCUAGCUGCAUUCUACCGUACGGAACAUUUAAAGAAGAAACAUUCAAUCUACUUGUGGGCACGCAUAAUAAAACUUUGAUGAUUUACCAAAAUAUCACGCUCAUCUGGGCUGCUCAACUACCACAUUGUCCUGUUGAUGUCAGAGUUGCAAACUUUACUAACAUGAAAGGAAUCAUCGUCACGUUAGACGAGACUGGUCAUAUAUACUGUAGUUAUCUUGGCACCGAUCCCUCGAUGUUCAUUGCACCCCCUCCCCAAUCACGUGAUGUUCAGUAUGACGACAUUGACGAUGAGAUGCGUGAAUUGCAUAAAGUGAUCCGGGAGUCUUCGUCAAACUCCGAAUUGGUUUUGAAACCAUCUGAAAAAGAUGAAUUAUCGCUUUUGGCAGAUAUCCCUACUUGUUUGGAUGAAACUACGUGUGCUGUUCCCGAUGAAAAUGGCGAAACGUAUCCUUCCAUUACUGUUAAACUCGCCCUGGAAUGUUGCGCGAAUUAUCCCAUUGGAAAUGUGACUGUGGCAGUUGAUGUCACUUACCCCAUCAUCUGUAAUAAACCAUCUUCAGUUGUACCACGCAUAGGAGACGCAAAGGCGAGAACGGAGAUUGAAGUAUCGUUUUAUCUUUGUUGCUCAUGUGUACCUUCAUCGAUGAAAGUUCGAGCACUGGCGACGUACACAACCGCCCUAGGCUCACCAAGAAUCUCUCAAUGUGAAUUUGAACUACCUGUCUUUCUUGUACUUCGCGGUUGUUCCCCCAUCAAAAAUGCCAUUUGUAAGCUGACGUUAGAUUCGAACAAGCCAUCCGUCGACCUUGGCGAAAUAUUUCAAGACAUGGUCGAAGACCGAGGCGAGCCUCAGGUUGCUUUGGGUUUGGAGUAUAUUAACGGUCCUGUCGUCACCAUACUUGUUUCAAAAACUUCACAGAGGUACAGAAUACAAUGCGACAGGUUUGAUGGAUUGUGGUUGGUCGUUCAACAACUCGUCACCAGGCUUCAUAAUUAUUUUGCUGACGCUAAGGACGACAUUGCUUUACAAGUUUCAUUCGCGGGGCCCGUGCCACUCAAGUUUUACUUUGAAUUAAUUGAUAAUCACUUUGAGCAAAGGCUUAACCAGCAGAAAUACCGCGAGAUUCUCGCCCAGCGGUCUGCGCAGUUUCGUGCGAUACAAAGACGACUGCUGACCAAGUACAAAGAUAAAACACCGUCUCCUUUAGGCAACUUGGAUACAUUACUUGAUGGCACCUACAGACAGCUUUUAGCUCUCGGGGAGGCAGAAGAAGAUUGUCAGCGAUGUAUACAACGUUCUGCAAUUGCGUUAUCUUGUGGGACAAGACUUAUCAACCUUUUGCUUAAACUGUGGAAAGAUAUGAAAGAAGAUGAAUAUAAAAUGCUUCAGUCGACCCUUUGUGCCGAUAUCGUGGAAACUGACAGUCAGGGGUGGGAGGAAAUUACGGAUGCUGCCGUCACGCAUCUUUUGAAGACAUCAUUAUCAAAAGGUUCUAAAGAUCAUACAGUAAAUCCUCAGACGCUUGAGUUUCCAAAGGACACAAGUAAACUAAAAAAACACAUUGCGUUGUUGUGCGAAAGGCUCAACAAAGGAAGCCGGAUGGACCUUUCCAAUCCGACGAUAUCAUCUUCGAAUAAAGAGACUCGAUCACCUGGUAAAGAGAAUUGUGUUAAUCAUACUCUUGAAUCGGUUGAAGAAGAAAGAUCAGAUAGUUUGACGAGCCCGCGAUCAUCAUACGAUAGUAUUUCACCGGAGCAGUUUGAGAGUUCGACAUUUGGCGGGAGACUGCCUUCGUUAAACGACUCAAGACCGAAACACGAUAUUAACACUGGCGGUGUGGAACUAGCUACAUAUUUGGAAAACAUGAAGCCAUUUUCUGGUACGUAAAUUUUACAGAAUGAUAUAAGUACGCGACGUGAGAACUUUGCCUCGUCUAACCAGCUUUAUUGAUGAACCUAACACUUGCAUCAUGAAGACAUUGUUGUCAGGGGGGUACGGAUAAAUGCAUGCAUGAAUGUGGUUUCUGGCAAUGGGAAUUUCGUACGAAAAUGGGCGAGCUGUUGAUCUCGUGUGAAACUCUUCUAUAGUCACAUAAGGAUUUAUUAGUAACAGUGUGAAAGAUUGUGUGAAACAGAGUUCACGUCGCUUUGAAGCCGUCUCAAAUCAAUCGUUUUGUGUUUAUUUGGAUAAAAUUGAACAACGUCUGCCUGGUGUUUUUAAUUACCCACUAGCACUUAAUUUAUUAACUUAAAGUAACUUAUUAUCGAAGAUAAAUCUUAUUAAAAAGUUGGGAAAUUGCGAUGAACUCUAAAAAGAAAAACAAAAAUGUUUCUCGUAAACGUUCGCUCGUAUAAAAAUAUAUUUCUUUUAAAAAAGAUGAUCAAAUAUAAUUUAAAAUAUUUAAAACCUACUAAUGGUAGAGAAAUAUAGAUAUUAACUCUUGUGAGUUCUACUAUGACAUUUGUGAGUUUAUCUUGUUACAAUAGUUAUUUUAACAUAGUGUACAUAAUAGCCUCAAUGUAAAAUUACGCGUCUUGUGAAACUACAAAAUAAUUGAAUUAUUUUGAUUUUUCAGCAA